AUGCGGUCCAACCGUUUCAUGACCUGGGCGAACAUUACUUAUAAGCUGCGGGCGCGGGGGGCAUCUCAGUUGGUGACGGUGGGACAUGGGGACAUCAACCCUAAUCCCUGGGCCCCCGUUUUAAAACCGGGGUUCGAACGCAUCCUUACAACCCCGGUUCUAAACUGGGGGCGCCGGCUGGGGUCUCGGAUCGCGGGGGGACAUACCUGCUGUCGGUUCAAAAACGUGAUGAAAUCCUCACUCAACGCGGAUUCGGGCGUGACGAGUACAAUGGCCGCCUCGUCGGGCGGCCGCCGGCUCUCCCAUUCCACGCACGAGAUGCCGGCCACCGCGCAUCGCUGCUGCAAGUCCUGGCGUAAAGCAAUCAAUGGGACGACGACCACCGUCAGCCCGCCGCUGACCCAUGCCGGUAACAUGAACAACAUGCUCUUGCCCCCGCCCGUCGGCAUCACCACGACCACGGGGCUCACCCCAUGCUGGAUCGCCUGCAUCGCGGGCCCCUGGACGCCGCGGAACUGGCUCUGGUCGUCGUUGGUCAUCCGCUGCAAUGCCUCCGUCAUAUUGGCCUCGUGGAGCUGCCAUCGGCGCUGA